GUCACAUUUUUCGUCCUAGGAAUGUGUUGAUAACUUCAGUUUCUUUCUAUUGCCUUUCAUAAAAUUGACACAAGAAAAUGUCUAAGAGAGGACGUGGUGGUUCCGCGGGAGCGAAGUUCCGUAUCUCACUGGGUCUCCCGGUGGGAGCGGUCAUCAACUGCGCAGAUAACACAGGUGCAAAGAACCUGUAUGUAAUUGCAGUGCAAGGUAUCAAAGGUCGCCUCAACAGAUUACCUGCAGCUGGCUCAGGAGACAUGAUCGUAGCCACCGUCAAGAAAGGCAAGCCUGAACUCAGGAAAAAGGUAAUGCCUGCAGUGGUAAUCAGGCAACGGAAACCAUUCAGAAGGCGGGACGGGGUGUUUAUAUAUUUCGAGGAUAACGCGGGCGUUAUAGUAAACAACAAGGGUGAAAUGAAGGGAUCUGCCAUCACAGGACCUGUUGCAAAGGAGUGCGCCGACCUCUGGCCCCGUAUCGCAUCUAACGCGAGCUCUAUAGCUUGAAUUUAAUAUACGAUUAAAAAAAUC